AUGUUCAUGAUCUUGCUUGGACUGGGACUCGCUUUCGCUUUUGACACCGUUGCCGCCGGGGUGGCGCCGGCGAUUAGUGCGCCAAAUUGCACUGUCCCGAGUUAUAACUGGACGUACAAUAGCCUCGGACAGAACCCAUGCUUGAUAGCGGCAUCUCUCGAGGGCGUGUGUAGCAAUGGCACCUUCACUCUGCCUGCGCUUUCACCCGGACAACAUUACACUGGCCCGAAAGCCAACGCGACGGACUCAGCAGAUGCGCAAGACCUGUGCAAGUGCAAUACGGUUGCAUAUUCCCUGAUAUCCGCUUGUACGGCUUGCCAGAAUUCGACGUGGUCUACCUGGUUCGAAUGGUCCUACAAUUGCUCGGCGGUCUGGGUGGAUGGCGAAUACCCCGAGACUAUACCCAACAACACACGCGUCCCAUCGUGGGCCUACCUUCCUGUCUCUGGGAGCAAUCUCUGGAGCAAUACCUCGGCCUAUAACGUAUCUCUCAAUGGUUCUACUCCGGAGUCAACGGCGGUCGCACGUCCGACGACAAGCAUCGUGAUACUACCUCCGGCCAGCACAGUGACUAUCACGCCGACGGCUUCUCCCACCACCAGCGCGUCAGGAAGUGCUGCAAACGACAGUCCUCAUACUGUCGUUCCCUCGCGCCACUUGCUUGCGGCCCUGCUCAGCCUUGCCUGCGUGCUCUGCGCGCUCUGA